CUUUGCGAGCCCAGUUUGAGCCAUCGGCUAAAGAAAACAAUACAUAUCCUACAUGCUCUAUUUUUAAGGUGUAAAAGAACAUAAACCUGAACCAUUUCAUCUGGAACCGACGCGACGAGUAUACAAAGUUAACGGCAUCAUGGAUCAGGACUAUGAGUGCAGGCUGCUCAGGCAGAUCAACAUUCAAAAUGAGAAUGCAAGCCCCAUAAAAUCGGUAGGAGCCAUGCGAGCUCUGACACCCUCCAGCUCCCCUCUAUCCUCCCCGAGCAAACACGGCGAUCGCUUCAUUCCCUCCCGGGCUGGAGCCAACUGGAGUGUCAACUUCCACCGCAUCAAUGAAAUUGAAAAGUCACAUAAUCAAAAUAGGAAAACCAAAGAUGGAACAACAGACAGUAACAAAGCGGAUGGUCUGGCUUAUUCAGCUCUGCUGAAGAAUGAGCUGUUAGGAGCAGGUAUUGAAAAAGUUCAGGACCCACAGUCAGAAGAUCGCCGUCUACAGCCAUCAACUCCUGCUAAGAGGAGCCUUUUUAGUUACUCAGUCAGUGCUAAGAGAGCGCUGCCAGAAGAGGAUGGAAAUACAGUAUCACCAUAUUCUCUAUCACCUGUCAGCAGCAACAGCCAGAAGCUGCUACGAUCUCCAAGGAAACCUACACGCAAAAUAUCUAAAAUCCCUUUCAAAGUUCUGGAUGCUCCAGAGCUACAGGAUGACUUCUACCUCAACCUAGUAGACUGGUCCUCUUUGAAUGUGCUUAGUGUUGGACUGGGUACCUGUGUCUACCUUUGGAGUGCCUGCACCAGCCAGGUGACACGUCUGUGUGAUCUUUCUGUAGAAGGAGAUUCCGUCACAUCAGUAGGCUGGUCAGAGAGGGGUAACCUGGUGGCAGUGGGUACUCACAAAGGCUAUGUACAGAUCUGGGAUGCAGCAGCAGGGAAGAAGCUGUCUGUACUUGAGGGACACACAGCCAGAGUGGGUGCAUUGGCAUGGAAUGCAGACCAGCUGUCAUCUGGGAGUCGUGAUCGAGUGAUCCUGCAGCGGGACAUUAGAGCCCCUCCCCUUCAGUCUGAGCGCCGUCUCCAAGGGCACCGACAAGAAGUCUGUGGGCUCAAGUGGAGCACAGACCACCAGCUUCUAGCUUCCGGCGGAAAUGAUAACAAGCUGCUUGUUUGGAACCACUCAAGUGUCCUCCCCGUGCAGCAGUACACAGAGCACUUGGCUGCAGUGAAGGCCAUUGCCUGGUCUCCUCACCAGCACGGUCUGCUGGCGUCAGGAGGGGGCACCGCCGACCGCUGCAUCCGCUUUUGGAACACUCUGACGGGCCAGCCGCUGCAGUGCACCGACACUGGCUCUCAGGUCUGCAACCUGGCCUGGUCCAAGCACACUAACGAACUGGUCAGCACUCAUGGAUAUUCCCAGAACCAGAUCUUGGUGUGGAAGUAUCCAUCUCUAACUCAAGUGGCCAAACUCACUGGACAUUCGUACAGAGUUCUGUAUCUGGCCAUGUCACCUGAUGGAGAGGCCAUUGUGACGGGGGCUGGAGAUGAAACCCUUCGGUUCUGGAACGUCUUCAGCAAAAUGAGAUCCACUAAGGAAUCUGUGUCAGUGCUUAACCUCUUCACAAGGAUCCGGUAGUGAACACACCCCUGUACUUUGAGGGAAUGACACCGGGAAGGGAAUUUACCUUUGCAUGUAUCGAGCUGUAAAUUGGCCUCUUCUUUGAGCAUUCACCUCAGCAGUCUACAGAGGACCUCCCCUCCACUGCCCUUAGUUCACGAGUCAAGUUGUAUUGCUGGAGUUGGGACGAGCAGGAGAGAUGAACAGAGUCUGUGUGUCGAGGACAGAAGACAUAACAUUCAGUACGUACAGUAUUCCACCUCCUCCCUGAAUAAUUACAGAGACACUUUCUCCUCCCAACAGACCACACAUCUCUGAUGAUGAGGAGCAUUUGGGAAGUUAUUUCCCAGUGUGAUUGUUUUGUUUACAGACUGACGUGAAUGCGAAUACCUGCCAAAUAUUGAGGGUUUUUUUCUUUUUGAUUGUCUAUUUAUUUUUAUUUUGUUGUUUUUUUUGUUUUUACAUGUUUUAACUCAUAUUCUUACUCAAGUGUUUGUUUCCUAGGCUGGUAGAUUCCCCUUUUGCUUGUAACAGCAGUUCUCGGUCGAUCUGUAGGGUGUGUGUGUGUGUGUGUUUUUUCAGGUUUACAAAAAAAAAAUCCAGGCUUGUCUUUUUAUAUUUUACCGACUCAUCCACACUGAGAGCAUAUUUUGUAAAACUGUGCCAUUUGAACACAUGAAAAAGGUUGAAUGAAUGGGCCUGAUAUUCUUUUUUUACAAGUUCAUUUAAGCUCAGCAAAUAUCAUUUGUAAAGAACAGUUGGCAAACAAAUGUGACUCAUGGAUGUUUUUCACUGGUCUUGCAUCCAUUUACGAGAUGGAAAAUUUGGCAAAGAAAAAAAACAACUAUUCUGGUUCAUCAGCAAAUUUCACUGUCAAAAUAUUUCCCAUUAAAGCAGAUGGUGUAAAACUGUUCUGUACUGCAUCAGCUAAAAUAAUCAAGCUAUGGGCACUUGUCAUUUGCUACUUCAGAUCAUUUCUGUGUUGAUCAGUCAUGUUAUUUUUUAAAAGGAUGAUCAUUUGCAUAAUUUCUCCCAGUUUUAAUCUUUGGUUUCCCCUGUAUGAAUGUUUGCUCGCGUGCCACAUUUAAAUGAAUGGUAUUUAUUUGUGUUGUGAAAGCUUUUUGUAGGUGGGAUGUUUGUUUGCUGAUGUUAUCCAAGGGAAGGUGAUGAGCAGUUUCACUGUCGAACUCUGUGGAAAUUUACUUUAACGCCACUUAAAAAUCAAGACAAUGCUGCCAACUUGAGUUACAGAAAGAAUGUUGAAAAGGAAAAAAAAAUAUUUCUGUACUUAAUCAACAAUUAAAAGACCAUAUCUUGUA